GCGCCGCAGGACCUGUCGCUGGCGGGCGCGCUGGCCGACGGCCUGGAGGCCCUGCGCGCGGACUUCGAGCUGGAGUGCCCCGGCCUCUGCGCCGGCUGGCUGCUGCGAGCGCUCCGCGCGCAGUGCGGCCGCGUGGUGGUCAGGCUGCGGGAGGUGCUGCAGCAGGUCUUUGCGCGGCUCCGGGACCACGGCCGGUGCCUAGUGGUCAGCGUGACCAGGUACCAGAUGGAGGCGGUCCGACGCUUCGUCCACGACCACGAGGACCCGCUCCCACAGCUUGACCUGUGCCCUGAGCGGCUGGCGGAGCUGUACCCCGCGCUCCUCCACGGCGCGGGCUACUCGGUGCGCAUCGCUGGAGGCGGGCCCGCGCAGUGCGCGGGGCGGGCGCUGGUGCACGUGCUGGAGAGGGUGCCCGCGGCCACGGCGGCGGUGCACAGCCGGCCGCUGGGUUCCGGGGGCGGGUGCGGGCUGGCCUCGGCCAG